AUGGAGUGGGAAAAGUUGAGCAAUGUUAAGAAAAAUCUAAUCACCAGAACAUGGCAGCGUUGUCGAUCCAUCCCGAGAAGACGGAAAUCUUUCGCACCACUUUCAAUUCUUCCCAGAUCUCUAUCAUGCAAAGAGAGCAAAACAAACUGCAAAAUGGCUCCUCGUGGUUGCUUCUUCGUCUACGUCGGACCGGAGAAGCAGAGAUUCGUAAUCAAGACCGAGUACGUGAAUCAUCCUUUAUUCAAAAUUUUGCUCGAAGAGGCCGAAACCGAAUACGGUUUUAUGAGCGACGGUCCUAUCUUGCUUCCAUGUGAUGUGAAUCUUUUUUACAAAGUCUUAGCAGAGAUGGAUAGUGGUAAAUGCGAGAAUCAAGUUUACAUGAGGUCGAAAUCAUGUGGCCUUGCAUACGGACUAUGUAGUCCGUUCAGUCCGACCCGACGAUCGUAUAAGAAUGGCGGUAUGGGGAAGGAAUUUGGUUCAUAUGGCCUGCUUACUCCAUCUCGGCUCAUUAGAAUGAACUAG